CUGAUGGGCCACCCAUGGAUGUGAUUUUACAGCCAAUGACCUCUCAGAGUAUCCGUGUCACCUGGAAGGCACCUAAGAAAGAGCUCCAGAAUGGAGUGAUCCGUGGCUAUCAGAUUGGUUAUAGGGAGAAUGGACCGGGCAGUAACGGACAGUACAGUAUAGUAGAGAUGAAAGCCACAGGUGAUAGUGAGGUGUACACCCUGGAUAACUUGAAGAAGUUUGCUCAGUAUGGUGUGGUGGUCCAGGCGUUCAACCGAGCCGGAACUGGACCUUCCAGCUCUGAGAUCAAUGCCACAACACUUGAGGAUGAAUGGGGAGAGAUGCAGAACAUCACUACCACUCGUGAGCAGGUGGAGCUGAAGGGUUUGGAGAAGUUCACAAACUACAGCAUUCAGGUUCUGGCCUACACACAGGCAGGAGAUGGUGUCCGCAGCAACGUACUCUACAUACAGACCAGAGAAGACC